AUGGCUUCCUCUCAACAACCUACAUUCCCCAGCGUCUCGACCUACAAGUAUUCGAACAAUGACCCUUCCAACUGCUUCCCCGUCGAGAAUCCCGCAACAGGGCAGAUCAUCACCACGAUCCAAGCGGGCGACGCCUCCACCGUCGACAAAGCAGUCCGCGCCUCGCAAGACGCCUUCCUCUCAUGGCGAGAACUAAGCCCGACAGAAAGAUCCCAAUACCUCUUCCGCUGCGCCGCGGAGCUAGAGAAACACGCCGAAGACAUCGCGACGCUGCUGACGCUCGAGAACGGGAAACCUCUCGCGGACGCCAAAGCAGGGGAUGUAUUCUUUCUAGUCAACAUCUUCCGCUUCUUCGGGUCUCUGGUGGAUAAAAUGCCCUCGCAGUUCUACGAUCGAGGUGUCACCACGGCCACGGUGUACCAUGAGCCGUUCGGGGUCUGCGCAGGGAUCUUACCGUUUAAUUGGCCUCCGAUUCAUUGUGGGGGGAAAGUCGCGCCGUGUAUCGCCAUGGGGAAUACGAUGAUCCUUAAGCCGGGCGAGCAGGCUCCGUUGACGGUGAUGAAGAUCGUGGAGAUUCUGCAGGGCGUUCUACCCCCGAAUGUCGUGCAGGUUGUUCCUGGACUGGGCGUGGAAGUCCCUCAAGCGCUGGUCGAUCAUCCGCUGGUCAAGAUGGUUAGUUUCACGGGAUCGACUGCGGCGGGUGCGAAGACGGCCGAGACGGCGGCGAGGAGUAUCACGAAGACCGUGUUGGAGCUGGGAGGCAAGAAUGCGAUGAUUGUGUUUGACGAUGCGGAUUUGGAGGAUGCGGUGCGGACGGCGAUUGCAGGGGCGUUCUUCAAUAAGGGGGAGGCGUGUACUGCGACGUCGAGGUUCAUCGUCCAGGACGGCGUGUAUGAUGAGUUUGUGUCUGCGCUGGCGAAGGGCGUGGAGAAGCUGAAGGUCGGGAAUGGCAUGGAUCCCGGCGUGCAUGUUGGUCCGCAGGUCUCCAAGGCGCAGCAGAAGCGCGUGCUCGAUUAUAUCGAGCUCGGCAAACAAGAAGGGGCGAAGGUCGUCGCUCACGCGUCAUUGCCUUCUGAUCCAGACUGCAAAGAGGGCUUCUUCGUCCCGCCCACCCUCUUCGCCGACGUGACAGGGUCGAUGCGCAUCUUCCAAGAAGAAAUGUUCGGUCCUGUUGCAACGAUCACCCCCUUCGCCACCCCGACCUCCGCCAUAACCCUCACAAACUCCGUCCCCUACGGCCUCACCUGCAGCAUCUACACCCAAAACUCCGUGCUCGCCAACCGCACCGCCCGCUCCAUCGACGCCGGCAUGGUCUUCCUGAACAACUACCACCGCAUGGCCAUCGGCGUCCCCUUCGGCGGGAUGAAACACUCGGGUUACGGGCGCGAACACUGCGUCGAGACGCUGUACGAGUGGAGCCAGCCCAAGACUGUGCAUGCGGUUUCCGGGAGGGGCGAGGUGCCGGCUUGGAGGGCGGUGGGGGAUGUCUUUGGGGAGGGAAAGCCGGUUUCUUAA